AUGUAUCGUAAAGCAUUGUGGACUCCACUUCAAUCAUCUCGUGUCAUAUUUCAUCGAUUUGCAUCUCAAAUCAGUAGUAGUAAUAAAUCUAUUCAGUCAGUUUCACCGAAAACCCGCUCAAUCAUAGAAAGAGAAGAACGUUAUGGGGCACAUAAUUAUCAUCCAUUACCUGUAGUGAUUGAGAAAGGAUCAGGUGUUUACGUGUGGGAUGUUGAUGGAAAAAAAUAUUUCGAUUUUCUCUCAGCAUAUAGUGCAGUGAACCAGGGUCAUUGUCAUCCAAAGAUAGUCGAAUGUGUUAAAAAACAAGCUGAAACAGUAACAUUGACAUCACGUGCAUUUUACAAUAAUAUUUUGGGUGAAUUUGAAAAAUAUGCUUGUGAAUUAUUUGGUUAUGAUAAAUUGUUACCGAUGAAUACAGGAGUCGAAGGUGGAGAGACAGCUAUAAAACUUGCACGUAAGUGGGCCUAUAAUGUGAAACGCGUUGGACGAGACCAAGCGAUUGUUCUAUUUGCUCAUGGAAAUUUUUGGGGACGAACAUUGGCAGCCGUUUCGAGCUCAACAGAUCCAUUGUGUUAUGAAGGCUUUGGACCAUAUAUGCCGAAUUUUCAAAUUAUACCUUAUAACGAUCUCAAAGCAUUAGAUGAAGCAUGCAGCGACCAUCGUGUAUGUGCAUUUAUGGUUGAGCCUAUUCAAGGAGAAGCAGGUGUAUCUAUGCCUGACGAUGGCUAUUUGAAAGGAGUACGCGAAAUAUGCACAAAACGAAAUGUUUUAUGGAUUGGUGAUGAAAUACAAACGGGAUUAGGAAGAACGGGCAAAAUGUUAGCAUGUGAUCAUGAAAAUGUGAAGCCAGAUAUUUUGAUUCUUGGAAAAGCUCUCGCUGGAGGAUUUUAUCCGGUAUCAGCUGUAUUAAGCAAUAAUGAUCUGAUGUCCCAAUUCAAACCGGGUACCCAUGGCUCAACGUUCGGAGGGAAUCCAAUGGGUAAAGUCGGAGCUAACGUGGCUUUAACAUCAUUAAAAGUACUAGUUGAAGAAGGAAUGAUUGAGAAUGCGGAAAAAAUGGGACAAAUAUUGAGAGAAAGAUUAAAUCAGAUACCAAAAGAUGUGAUAAAAAUAGUUCGUGGAAAAGGACUGUUGAACGCAGUUGUUAUAGAUUCGAAACAUGAUGCAUGGGAGUUUUGUUUACGAUUGCGUGACAAUGGUGUACUGGCUAAACCCACUCAUGGUGAUAAAAUUCGUUUUGCUCCUCCUUUAUGCAUCACAAAAGAGCAAACUCUUGAAUGUUGUGAAAUUAUAUCUAACGUUGCCAAAUCAUUCAAAUGA